UCAGCGCGGCGUGCACGGCGGGAGCGGCUCGCGAGUGGACGGGCCCGGCGGUUGGUCCGGCGCCUCUGCUGUCCCGCUCGCUCCCCGCCGCCCCCCAUGAGAGCAGCCCCGCGCGGUCGGGGUCCGUAGGCGGUGGGGCGCCCCCCAUGCUGCUGCAGCCCGCGCCGUGCGCCCCGAGCGCGGGCUUCUCGCGGCUCCCGGCCGCCUCCGGCGCCAUGCACGGCUCGCAGAAGGACACCACGUUCACUAAGAUCUUCGUGGGCGGCCUGCCCUACCACACCACCGACGCCUCGCUCAGGAAGUACUUCGAGGGCUUCGGGGACAUCGAGGAGGCCGUGGUCAUCACCGACCGUCAGACGGGCAAGUCCCGCGGCUACGGCUUCGUGACUAUGGCUGACCGGGCGGCAGCUGAGAGGGCGUGCAAAGACCCUAACCCCAACAUUGAUGGCCGCAAAGCCAACGUGAACCUGGCCUAUCUAGGCGCCAAGCCGAGAAGCCUCCAUGCGGGUUUUGCCAUCGGCGUACAGCAGCUGCACCCCACCUUGAUCCAGCGGACAUAUGGGCUGACCCCCCACUACAUCUACCCUCAAGCCAUCGUCCAGCCCAGCGUGGUGAUCCCGGCCGCCCCUGUCCCGCCGCUGUCCUCGCCCUAUAUUGAGUACACGCCGGCCAGCCCGGCCUACACCCAGUACACGCCAGCUACCUACGACCAGUACCCAUACGCCGCCUCACCCGCCUCGGCUGCCAGCUUCGUGGGCUAUGGCUACCCAGCUGCCGUGCCCCCAACCCUCUCAGCUGCGGCCCCUGCGGGCACCACCUUCGUGCAGUACCAGCCUCCACAGCUGCAGCCCGACAGGAUGCAGUGAGGGCAUUGCCCCGAUCAAGGCCCGUCACUCACACACCCACCAGGCCAGCGGCCGGCUGAGCUCGGGGUGCACACCAGCACCUGUGUCUCUGGGGACCCCACGGAACCCCCAUCUGCACCCCGCACAGCCCAGAGACCGCUUCCCUUUAAAUCCAGGACCCACCAUGUCUUGAGGAGGGCUUUGAGAAAAAAGAAUGCGUGAGAGCUACAGAAGAUGUGACCUAGGCCUCCUGGCACAAACCCCUCACGCCUCCCUUCACCUCCCCUGCCUCUCGCCUCGCUGCAGGGCUCCAGGCGGGGCCUUGCCCACCCUCCGCUGACCCGCCCUCUGGGCUCUGCAGAAACUGUCCCACUCAGAGAUGCCUUACUCCAGGGAAACCUAAAAGCGCCGUGAAUUGACUCUUGUCACUCCAUCCGCACAAGCUGUGAACGCAGGAGAAGGCGUGCGGGAACCUCCGCCUUGGAAUUCUCGUUUUCUGAUGACGGCACGGGGGCGGCUUCCCAAGACCCGAGAGGCUCCCCGUGCAGCAGGGACACCAGCCACGGCCGAGUCCCUUGCCAUCGAAGCACUGCGACUUUUUUUCUUAUUGUCAUUGUUUUGCUACUAAGAUGAUUCAGAGUUUCAGUCUAUUUUUUCAACGGAGGCUCCCGCCACCAAGCAUCUAGAACCUGGUUUUGACUUUGAGACACUCACUUUUGUUGGUGGCCCCGCCCACGGAGACAGGGACAGUAUUUCUGUUUGAUAAAGUCACUCGAGCACCAGGAGCCCCUCGGAGGGUAGGCGCCUCCAGAUAGGUCUCUCUCAGCGAUGGUAAGUUGUCUCAGAAGCGUGUCCCCUCCCUACUUCUCACCCCACCCCCACCCCCACCCCCACUGCAGGGGGCAGAGGGAGUGGGGCCCAAGGUGGUGAUGCUGGCUGCGGGGCUGGACCACUGCGUACCCCCACCAGCUUGCGGCCCCACCCUCUCAUUCUUCAUGUCCUCUGCUGUACACCAGCCUGAGCUGUGAGACCAACCGGAGACAUGUCCUGCCUUCCUUGGUGAUGGGGCUCCAGGAGGGGUCACUGGGGGGCGGUCUGCAGGAGGCCCCUGCCCUGCCUUGGAGGAGGCAGGGAAGGUGAGAUGAGGGGGGCAGCCUGGCAGGGGGCUUGGGGAGACCGGGCUGGAAGGUCGUGGGGCGCUGGGGGUACCUUCAGACCUACCUCAGGGAAGCGGGAGGCCUCAGGGGGCUGACUGACGUGGGCAAGCGCUUUGCAGCACGCCUGGUGCAGAGUCCAGGCCCAGGAAAAAAAGGUAGCUAAUAUUAUAAUAAUAUUUUUAUUAGAAUGUUCUGAUUAUAAAAAUA